AUGCAGAGUCAAAAUCAAGCUACUGGGUUUAUUCAGUCUUUCCAGCCCACCUCACACCAUUCAGACGAAUUGGAAACUCGCAUCGCUCUGGCAAGGAAAUCCCUCGACAACGAAUUUCUACUAACCGAUGGCGAACUCGCCGAAGCGCUCGAAAUUCUGGCAAACAAUCUUUGCACUCGAUUCGACAGAAGAGGAGAGAUAAACGAUAUUGAAGAAUCUAUACACCUUCUCCGACAAGCUGUUCCCCUUCGACCAAUGGAUCACGACAAUCACCCCAGGUCCCUCAUGUACCUGGCAAAAUCUCUAUUCUGGCGAUAUAGGAGAGAACUAAGUGGACAAUAUGACCUCGAUGAAGCCAUACUUCUGAUGAGAAAGGCAAUAGAGUUACUACCAGUAACACAUGUCGAAUUUCCUGGCUUUCUAUUCCUCCUCGUCUUCUUGCUGACGGAACGAUUUCGGGCACUCGGGGAGAAAGAGGAUGCUAAAGCGUGCAUGCCUCUCUAUUGGAAAGCGCGAAUCCAUCCACAAUCAUGUAUCCUCGAUUCUUCAUGGCCAGGGUUACUUGAUAAGCUUUCAGGGUCCCUUUUAAUUCGGUACAGCAUGUCAGAUGAUGAAGAGAUUCUUGAUCAGUCAAUUUCGGUUCGCAGGGAAGUUUUGAAACUGCUACCACCUAUAGAUCCUAGAUUACCCCAGCAGAUCCAAAUACUUGCAGUGACACUAAAUAUCCGAUACAAAAAAAGAGGCCAAAGACGUUCUGCUGAUCUCGACGAAAUGAUUUCGUGCUACAGACAACAUGUAGAGUUCCAAUCGAUACCGCCGCAGGACUUGCGUAAAUCUCGCGACGAACUUGCAACACUACUGGAAACUCGCUUCCAGGAAACGGAUAAUCAGUCGGAUAUUAACGAGUCCAUAUCAAUUAGGCGGAAAUUGCUUGAGCUCACCCCUGCAGGUCAUCCCGAUCGCGAAAAGGUGCUAACUUCCCUCGCAUGGGUGCUGUAUCUGCGGUUCACUGACACAACAAAUCCUAAACCCAACCGAAAAAAGCUGAACGAAGCAAUUGCUUUGUGGAGGGAGUCUCUAAACACAACGUCACCAGUGGAUCAAUCCACCGCACUUGCUAACCUUGCCACGGGGCUAGAUACCCGAUUUGACCGAAUAGGCGACAAAAAGGAUUAUGAAGAGGCAAUGUCUCUCUACAGACGAGCCAUGGCACUUCCUAUUCCAUUGAGUUCACAAUGGACCAUGCUGCUCAAGAACUUUGCGUUUACCCUUGUUCGGUUCGAUGAUGACCGCUCCAAGGCGGACGUGGAACAGGCGAUAUGGCUUGCAAGAGAAUCCUUGCGGCUCUACGACGAUAUCGGCUCGUCAUACGCUUUACCUGAGCACCUCAACCAACUAGGGUACGCCCUGUUAGUUCAAAUCGAGGAUUCUAAUGCGGAAGAAGGGGAUUUGGAGGAGUGCAUCUCUCUCCACAGGCGUGCUCUGAGCCUUCGAACUCCAGAAGAUCCGUAUUACAUUGGCUCCCUCCGCAAUCUCGCAGUAUCGUUGCAUUGGAGAUUCAAGAAGUUUGGCCAGAAAGACAACUUGGAAGAGUCUAUCUCUCUAUUCAGGCAAGGCAAAUUGCAGGACGAUGAAAAUAUAGAUAUUUUGCGGAGACUUGCAGAUGCUUUGGAGACCCGCUUCAACCUCAAUAAUCUAGCAUAUCAAAGCGACUUUCAGGAAAUCGUAUCCCUCAGGAAGGAUGCUGACGAGCUUGAAGAAGAGAAUACCGAUGAUGAAGAUGACGAGGACGAGGAUUCUGACGACGAGGAAUCUGAGUCAGACGAUGGCAUGGAUAUGUAA